GGACAAUUAUUUUUCCGAGUGGUAGUGCUUAACUGCUGAAUUCUGGAUUUGCCUUAUUGGGCCUGUGGAUUUUUGUAACUCCCUGUUUCUGCAAAAUAAGUGGAACAGGCAAAAUGGACUUCUCCAAGCUGCCUAAAAUCCGAGAUGAGGACAGAGAGGCCUUUGUUGGCUAUGUCCAUGGAGUCUCUGGACCUGUGGUCACAGCUUGCAACAUGGCUGGUGCUGCUAUGUACGAGUUGGUACGAGUAGGCCACAGUGAACUGGUGGGGGAGAUUAUCCGACUGGAAGGUGAUUUGGCGACUGUUCAGGUGUAUGAAGAAACAUCUGGUGUCUCUGUAGGAGAUCCUGUACUCCGUACUGGCAAACCCUUGUCAGUGGAACUAGGGCCUGGCAUUAUGGGAGCUAUUUUUGAUGGUAUCCAGAGGCCUCUAUCUGACAUCAGCACUCUGACCAAAAGUAUCUAUAUCCCUAGAGGUGUCAACGUGUCAGCUUUGAGCCGAGAUGUCAAAUGGGACUUCAUGCCUUCCAAAACUCUGCGGGUUGGCAGCCACAUCACUGGUGGAGAUAUUUAUGGUGUGGUGAAUGAAAACUCCCUUAUCAAACACAAAAUCAUGCUGCCACCACGGAACAGGGGUACAGUUACAUACAUUGCUCCGCCAGGAAACUAUGACACUUCAGAUGUUGUCUUAGAGCUGGAGUUUGAAGGUGUGAAGGAGAAGUUCACUAUGGUCCAGGUCUGGCCUGUACGUCAAGUCCGUCCAGUUACUGAGAAGUUACCAGCCAAUCAUCCUUUAUUAACUGGCCAACGGGUCUUGGAUGCCCUCUUCCCGUGUGUACAAGGAGGUACAACAGCAAUUCCUGGGGCAUUUGGUUGUGGGAAGACUGUGAUUUCACAGUCUCUCUCAAAAUACUCCAACAGUGAUGUCAUCAUUUAUGUAGGCUGUGGAGAAAGAGGAAAUGAAAUGUCUGAAGUACUGAGAGAUUUCCCUGAGUUAACAAUGGAAGUUGAUGGCAAGGUAGAAAGCAUCAUGAAGAGAACAGCUCUUGUAGCAAAUACCUCCAACAUGCCUGUGGCUGCCAGAGAAGCCUCUAUCUAUACUGGCAUCACCCUGUCUGAGUAUUUCCGGGACAUGGGCUACCAUGUCAGUAUGAUGGCAGACUCUACUUCCCGAUGGGCUGAGGCCCUCAGAGAGAUUUCAGGGCGACUGGCUGAAAUGCCAGCUGACAGUGGUUACCCAGCCUACCUUGGUGCCCGUCUAGCCUCUUUCUACGAGCGAGCUGGCAGAGUGAAGUGUCUGGGAAAUCCUGAAAGGGAAGGCAGCGUCAGCAUUGUUGGAGCUGUCUCUCCCCCAGGUGGUGACUUUUCUGAUCCUGUCACAUCUGCAACACUGGGCAUUGUUCAGGUUUUCUGGGGCCUGGAUAAGAAACUGGCACAACGCAAGCACUUCCCCUCUGUCAACUGGCUGAUCAGUUACAGCAAAUACACUCGUGCUCUGGAUGAAUACUAUGACAAGCAUUUUACAGAGUUUGUCCCUCUCAGGACAAAGGCCAAAGAAAUCCUGCAGGAGGAAGAGGACCUUGCAGAGAUUGUGCAGCUUGUGGGGAAGGCUUCCUUGGCAGAAACAGAUAAAAUUACCUUGGAGGUUGCCAAGCUGAUCAAGGAUGACUUCUUGCAGCAGAACGGUUACACACCUUAUGACAGGUUCUGCCCUUUCUAUAAAACAGUGGGAAUGCUUUCCAAUAUGAUUGCAUUUUAUGACAUGGCACGCCGUGCUGUAGAAACCACAGCCCAGAGUGACAAUAAGAUCACGUGGUCCAUCAUCCGAGAGAACAUGAGUGAAAUCCUCUACAGACUUACCUCCAUGAAGUUCAAGGACCCUGUCAAAGAUGGUGAAACAAAAAUCAAGGCGGACUAUGCUCAGCUGUUUGAGGAUAUGCAGAAUGCAUUUCGCAGUCUGGAAGACUAGACUCGACCUCUGUGACCACUCCAGUUUGUCCUCUCGAUUCCUCAUCUCAACUCCUCUGCUUCCCUACCUUACAAGAAUGAUGCAACAGUACUUGAGUUGAUACCUAGCCCUGUGUUUCCCCUGUUCAUACUCAAGAGUGUCCUUACAAAACAUUCCUCUUAGUUUGUGUUCAGCAUUGCUUGGUGUGUCUGAAAUCGUGAGUGAUGAGUGAAUGGGCCUGGCUGAGUGAGGAAAUGCUGUUGUACACUUCUAGGGUGGGAAAAACUUCACCUUGCCUCUCUCAGCUCGCUUGGCAACCCAUCUUUCACCUUGGGAUGUAACCAACUGAGCUGUAUGGGCAGGGAAGGUGUAGAUCUUAAUGCAGUCACAUGGUACGUUCUGAGCUGGCAGUGGUAAGGGCAUUUACAUCUGGCACUUUGCUAUGUGACUAUCAUGACACAGAACUCCCUGUUCUGAAGCAGAAUUUUUGACCAUAUCCUGAUGACAUGUUGAUACAACCAAAACUUUUUCACUACUCUGUUCCUUCUGCAACCUUCAGCUGGGUCAGUUGGUAUUGCAGUGUGGUAGUUCUGGAUAUCUCCAAGAAGGGACUAACUAGAGGAUGAGCACGUACAAGCAACCAAUAUGCUUUUGUACACUGGAAAAAAAGUUUUAUUUUCCUGUUUAAUACAGAUAGGACUGUUGGACUUGGCAUCAGUUAAAAUCAAAGCCAUAGAUGCUCAACUUC